UCUUAAAAUUUUUCGUUUUUUGGCUUACUAAUUUUUUUUUUCGUUUAUAAUUUAAAAUUUCCAAAUAACGAGAAUUGCCUUUAUGUUUAUGUAACACCGACAUGGGUGACAUCCAGUGGCCGUGGCAAUACAGUUUUCCACCGUUUUUUACGAUACAGCCAAACGCGGAGACAAGACAGAAGCAAUUAGACGCUUGGAGAACAUUGGUGUUGGAUUACUGUCGCACCCAGAAAGUGUCUGUUAUCGAUGUCCGCGAAGGAGACUUAUUGCCGGUUUUCAACAAUACUGCCAUAUCCAGAAAACUGUCAUCCGAAGCGAUCAUGACUGUUUUAGAAGUUUUACAGAAGACGGGAAAUGCCGAACCGCUCGAUAAAACAAGAACAAGGUGGAAUAUUUAUUGGCACACGUUAGACGAAUGGGCGUCGAUAGUGUACAAAUGGGCUCAGGACAACGCUAUGCUCAAUACGGUGUGUACGUUUUACGAGAUAGCCAGCGACAGUGGAGAUUUGAAUGGUAUUGAUGACGGUGUACUGACCAAAGCAUUGCGGGUGUUGGAACGACGUCAACAGGCGGAAAUACUUACGCUGGACGGAGGAUCUGGUGUGAAAUUUUUCUCGUAGACGCGGAACUCUUAUACAAGCUACUCUUGUUUAUAGCUCGUAUAUAAUAUCUAAAAAUUUGAUGUAUCUGUGUAUGCAACGAUAUUAUUCGUAUAACGCAUGAGGUGAAACAUUUUAUGCUAUAUACAUAUAAAUAUAUAAUAUAAUAUGUACGAUAUUAAUAAGAUAUAAGACCAUUGUGUAUAAUGAUCGAUCACAUUUAUUUAUUUAUUUUUUGUUUAUCCAUCGAUUAAAAAAAAAAAAAAUUUACAAAC